AACAUGGCGGAAGUAGAAGAAGUGAGGACGCAGGUUGGAAAACGGAAGGGGGAGGCUCCUACGAUUCUGCCUACCGACCCUAUACAAGACCCGUUAUCAAGUGCGCUUAUGUCCAAUGAUGAGGAAUUUGAGCAAGAAGAAUUGAUACGAUCGCCUGGUGCGGAAAGCAAUAUGUCCAAUGCCUCACAGACUGCCUUAGCUGGAUCAAUUAAACUUGAAGAACAUGAAGAGGAAGAAGAAGAUGAGGAUCCUGAUAUCGAAACAAGAGAUCUUUUUGUUACAGUUGAUGAUCCAGAAAAACAUACAGGAUCAAUGGGAUCAUCCUAUGUAACUUAUCGUAUUAUAGUUAAGACAACAAGAAGUUCAUUUGAUGAUUCUGAAUACCUGGUUCGUAGAAGAUAUCAAGAUUUCUUAUGGCUUAGAAAUAGACUAGAAGACACUCAACCAACUCAUCUUAUACCACCGUUACCAGAAAAACACAGUCUAAGAAGAUUUGAUCAUUUUAGUCCAGAAUUCCUAAAAACCAGACAGAAAGCAUUAAAUAAAUUCCUGACAAGGAUCGCAGACCACCCCGUUCUUUCAUUCAACAGUAAUUUCCAAAUAUUCCUGACUGCAAAGGCAUGGGAGUUAACGGCUCGUAAAAAGCAAGGUCCUGGUAUCUUGAGUCGGAUGGGAGAUUCUGUGAGGAAUGUUGCAGCUACGUACAUGCUGAAAAGCCGAAGUCCUGAGUACACAAUGAUGGGGGAGUAUAUACAGACGUUUGGUGAAAAAAUGGGAACAAUAAAUAGGGUUGCGGAGAGGCUUGCCAAAGAAAAACAAGAUUACCAUGCUGAAUUAGGAGAAUACAGUCCUGUGUUUAGUUUGUGGUCCAAUUCAGAGACAGAAUUAGCUGACACAAUGACCAGCUUAGCUACGUGUAUUGAAAAAUGCCAAGAUGCAACACAAGAACUGAUUGAUGAGCAAGAACAGCUUUUCCUUCCCACCAUCAAAGAAUAUUUACUAUAUGCUGAUUCAGUCAAGUCGGUGCUGAAGAAGAGAGACAGUAUACAAGUAGAAUAUGAACUAACACAAGAAGACUCUAUAAAAAAGAAGAACGAGAGGGAACAGGUCAAGAUAUCAGACCAAAGUUAUUCCAUCGGUUCCAUGAUGGGAAAGACUCCAGACGAGGUCAAAGAACAGAAGACUCUUAAACUUGAAAAAACAAUUGAUGAGCUAGAUAAACAGGUCGAAUUUCUACAUGAUAAGACAGAGUGUGCUAACGAAGACCUCAAGGCCGACUUGGACAGAUGGCAUAAAAACAAAAGAAAAGAUUUUAAAGAACUCUUCAUUGGUCUUGCAGACAGAGAAAUACAAUUUUAUCAUAAUACACUCUCAGCAUGGGAAGAGGUGAUUCAAUUCCUCCAGAAACAGAAUUCCGAGGGUAGUCCACUGGAACCGCCAUCUAAUCCCAUUGAAACCAUCCAACCUGAGUUGAGAGCUGUGGAAGACAGCGAAGGUGAAUAAAUAAUCUGUGCUUGGAUAAGUUCACUAUUCUUUGCUCUCUAUCAACUGUAUUUUAACUGGAUGGAGAAAACAACCCUUCUCAAACUCUGAAAUAGAUACAAUUAAUACAUGAAUUCCAGUUUACGUCCUGCUUUUUAAACUUCUGUAGCAUGGCAUCAAUAUGGAGAAUGUGGUUCAAAGUUGUGAAUGGGUGAAACAGUUAGAAACUGCUGCAUAUCGAAAUAAGUAUUCACAUUCCUGAACUUUUAUUCAUAUUCCUUUUAUAAUUCACUCUCUGUAUAUUUAUGUGUCUGUCCCACAUCUUCCACCCAAAGCCACACAUAUUGAAGAUUUCAUCAGAAUUUCAUUUUUUGUUUUCAUUCUUUUCUUGGCAUGUGUUUUGUGUUAUAGAGCUACCUGUGUUGUUGUAUAUUUUCAUGGGAUGACACAGUUUACAUAUCUACAAUUAACAUUAUAAUUAUAUUAUUUACAUAUUCAUAUAUGUAUAGAUUCCUUGCGUCCUUCUUAACACAAAAAUUGUGAAAAUGUACAUAGAUACUUCAUUUCAAAGCUUAGGCGCAUUAAAGUUGGUUGUAUGGAAAUCUAUAUCAGCACUUCCAAUGUGUACAGGUUAUAGGAGUUUCUUUUUAGUUUAGUUCACUUUUCUUUUAGUGUUCUCUUCUAGAAUUUUUUAUCAGCAAGUUUUAGUUUGUGUGAUUAUAUAAAUACCUUGCCAGUAAUGUAUAUAAUAAAUUGAAAGUUUACCUUCAAGAGAGUUACUGGUGUAUUUUAGUGAUAGAUCUAUAUCUUUGUUAUCGAGAUGUGUAGGUGAGAUGUGACAUCCGUCUUCUGCAAUAUAGAUUCUGUUUUUACACUCUGUACUUAUAACAAACAUAUUGUGAUAUCUGGGAAACUGAAUUUACUCUAGGCUGUGGAAAGCUUAAUAAUGAAAUGAAACAAAUUAUUCUUAAAAAAAAUGAGCAUAUUUAAGUGGUUUAUUAGCGUAGAUUGAUAGGUGCCAAAUGUAAUAAAAGUGAAAUUAAAAAGUUAUGGUUGAUCUAUUUGCAGAAUUCUGACAUACUGCAACAUUGUUUAAAAAUAGAUUGAACGAGUUUAAUGGUGCGCAAAAUUUCUGCCAUAUAAUUUACAAGUUGACAUUGUGUAAUCAGAAUUAUUUAAUGAUUGACUGUUAAAUUGGAAUAUUACAGAUGUGGCCAGGUAAAAACUAAUUUUUGUCACACUAGCACUUUUAUGGUUUUUAAUCAAGUAUUAGAAUGUACAUCUCUUGGAGAAAUUAUUGUUACAGAUAAGAGAUAGACAUACAUUUUUCAGAGGUUGUAUACUGAUACAUGUCUGCGUUUCCACCAUUGUAAUUGUAAUUUAUUGUAUCAGAACCUUAAAGAUUAAAUGAAGUAUAUGGAAUAAAAAAAGCAAUAUUUGUAUUGUAUA